GGAGCCGGGGCGGGGGUCUGCGCUCUCCCGAGCGGCCGCGCGCUGGACUUUAUUGUGCCGCAACAAGCCCCCGUUCCCAUUGUUUGUGGUUUUUUUUCAAAAUAUGGCAAAGGUUCAGGUGAACAAUGUAGUGGUGCUGGAUAACCCUUCUCCUUUCUACAACCCGUUCCAGUUUGAGAUCACCUUCGAGUGCAUCGAGGACCUGUCUGAAGACUUGGAAUGGAAAAUUAUCUAUGUGGGCUCUGCAGAAAGUGAAGAAUACGACCAAGUUUUAGACUCUGUUUUAGUGGGCCCUGUUCCUGCAGGAAGGCAUAUGUUUGUAUUUCAGGCUGAUGCACCUAAUCCAGGACUCAUUCCAGAUGCAGAUGCAGUGGGUGUAACCAUUGUGCUAAUUACAUGUACCUAUCGAGGUCAAGAAUUUAUUGGAGUUGGCUAUUAUGUAAAUAAUGAAUAUACUGAGACAGAACUAAGGGAAAAUCCACCAGUAAAACCAGACUUUUCUAAGCUUCAAAGGAACAUUUUGGCAUCUAAUCCCAGAGUCACAAGAUUCCACAUUAAUUGGGAAGAUAACACAGAAAAACUGGAAGAUGCAGAGAGCAGUAAUCCAAAUCUACAAUCACUUCUUUCAACAGAUGCAUUACCUUCAGCAUCAAAGGGAUGGUCCACGUCAGAAAACUCAUUAAAUGUCAUGUUAGAAUCCCAUAUGGACUGCAUGUGACCACCUGCCAUCCCUUUAGUACAAAUUAAGCUAUAAAAACACACAGAACUAUUUCCCUGAAAUUCCGUAAGUACAUAGUCAAGACACAAUGUGAAGAAUUUGUUUAAAAACAUCCUGUAGAAAGUUUAUAAGAAAACCAGUAUUUGAGCAAAUUGUGGAAU